AUCAUCAUCAUCAUCAUCACGCUCUAUAGACACUGUUUACCCCGACCUAGUGCGCGUAAUUCCAUUGCCAUUGAAAAUUUUCGUGAGUCGCGGAGUUGAAUUUUUUCAUCAUUUUGGAGCAGUGGAAAUGGACGUUCGACGCGCCGGAGUGUUCUGUCAAACUCCGAAGAGCCAAUAAAUUAAUUAUCUCCAUUAGUUCGAUGAUAUUUUGGUGGAGUAAUUGGACCUGCGAAUUAACGUGAUUGGAUGACGUUUCAGUGGAGCCAUUCGUUGGCACGUGCCACACGGCAAAUGGUGUACACGAGGGACUUUAGGGGUUUGAGGUUAGCAUUUUCUACGAUGCUCCAUAAAGGCCCUCGUCCCCUGGUCCUCUGUGGCCCCUCGGGAAGUGGAAAAAGCACCCUCAUAAAACGAAUGUUCGAGGAAUUCCCCGACACCUUUGGCUUCUCCAUCUCCCACACGACUAGGCAGCCCAGGCCUGGAGAGGAGCACGGAAAGCACUACUAUUUCACCACCAAAGAGAAGAUGCAGGAUCAGGUGGACAGGGGGGAGUUCAUCGAGUCAGCGAUUUUCAGUAACAACAUGUAUGGGACGAGCAAGAAGGCUGUGGAGGAUGUGAUGGAUGCUGGGAAAAUUUGUGUUCUCGAUAUUGACACCCAGGGGGUCAAGCAGAUCAAGAACACUUCGCUGAACCCACUGCUGGUGUUUAUCAAGCCGCCUUCCAUCGAGGAGCUUGAGAAACGUCUGUUGGCUAGGAAAACUGAGACUCCAGAGUCCUUGAAACGAAGACUUGACGUUGCUGCGGAAGAAAUCAAAUUUGGUGAAGAACCUGGUAAUUUUCAUCGCAUAAUUACCAACGAUGACGUGGACAAGGCAUUCGCCCAACUACGUGAGUUUAUCCUCGACGAAGUGAACCGAUCUGGUAAGAACGGAAGUUAAAAACACUGCAUGACGUAAAAAAUCAUUGAAGCAUUUAUCUAAAGCGUUUAUAGGGAUUAUUAAUCAACGAAAAUCAAGUCCAAUCAUGAAGCACUAUUUAAAAGAAAAAGCAUAAUUUUGGGAGGUAAUUUACAAUAAGAAUGAACACGUUCAGAUCAGUUUAUUUUCAUAUUUUUUUAGAUUUAGUUUUUUGGGGUAAGAAUAAUGGUGUUCUUGAUCUUUUUUAGCAGCUGAUUGAAAAUUUAUUUAUUUAUAUACCAAAUUUAUUUAUACUUUUGAAUUUUUUUCUCGUGAAUUUGGCUCUUUAUCGUGACGCUGGACACAUUAAAAUUUUAUUAGUUCACUUGUCGUUCAUGUUAGAGGAUAAAACUGAGAUUAUUCACCAAAUAAAGUUGUGUUCCAAUAGAUAUAGGUUCUUACGACGAUAAGUAAUUUGUAAUUGCAUUAAUUAAGGGUAUUUUAAUGAUGUGGAAUUUAUUAUGGAAUUUUGUUGUGAAGUGGUGAAUCGUACGAAAAUUGAUAUUUCCUCUUUUAUAAAAUCGUGAUUAUUUCAGAGAAAAUCUCUUGUGACAUUUUCUCGUAAAAUCACUCAUUACUGAAGUAAUUAGGCAUUAAAAACAAAUAAAAAAUUGUCAUUUUUUCGUUGUGUUUCACCACUUCAUCACGAAUUUUCUAUUCUAUAAAAAAUAAUUUACAAAAUCAACUGAAACUAUUUUCGCAGUAAAAUAUACUAUUUUGAUGGAUAAAAAGUUUAUUUGUUUUUUUUUUACAAAAAAUGAAAGUUAUCGAUUAAAAACAUCCACUGUUGAUUAUCAUUUCGAAUAUCUUCUCCAGAAACUGUUGUACCUUUAGUUUGUAGAUUAAGUGAUUGUGGGGGCCUCCAGUAUUUUCGAAACCUUCAAAAUCUCUACAAUAUCCCCAAUUGUCGAAUACUGUAUGUAAAUAGAGCGCGUGAAUAUAUUAGUACCUUGCAUAUUACAAUUGACGAUGCAAUUUAAAGAGGCCCUCCUGUAGAAAAAUCAAUGUAAAUUGUGUAUAGAUGAAUAAAUAACGUGUUUCAAUGUUCAAAUAA